GCCCGAGCCGGGCAGCAGCGCCGCCAUUUUGUGAUCACCGCGCGGCGGACGGGGCGCAGGCUGUUCGAGAUGGUGAAGCUGUUCAUCGGGAACCUGCCGCGGGAGGCGACGGAGCAGGAGAUCCGCUCCCUGUUCGAGCAGUACGGGAAGGUGCUGGAGUGCGACAUCAUCAAGAACUACGGCUUCGUGCACAUCGAGGACAAGACGGCAGCCGAGGACGCCAUCCGCAACCUGCACCACCACAAACUGCACGGCGUCUGCAUCAACGUGGAGGCCAGCAAGAACAAGAGCAAGGCCUCCACCAAGCUGCACGUGGGCAACAUCAGCCCUGCCUGCACCAACCUGGAGCUGCGGGCCAAGUUCGAGGAGUACGGCCCCGUCAUCGAGUGCGACAUCGUCAAGGAUUACGCCUUCGUGCACAUGGAGCGGGCGGAGGACGCGGUGGAGGCCAUCCGCGGGCUGGACAACACCGAGUUCCAAGGCAAGCGGAUGCGCGUGCAGUUGUCCACCAGCCGGCUGCGGACGGCGCCCGGGAUGGGAGACAAGAGCGGCUGCUACCGCUGCGGGAAGGAAGGGCACUGGUCUAAGGAGUGCCCGGUAGAUCGCCCGGGGCAAGUGGCGGACUUUGCCGAGGCCUAUAACGAGCAGUACGGAGCCGUGCGCACUCCCUACACCGCGGGCUAUGGGGAGACCGUGUAUUACGAUGAGGCGUACGGCGGGAUGGCCGACUACUACAAGCGCUACCGCGUCCGCUCCUACGCCACGGCCUCUGCGUACGACGCCUACGCGGAGCAGACCAUGGCCCAGUACUCCCAGUACGCCCAGUACUCCCAGGUCCAGUCCUCGGCCAUGGCCGCCACCACAGCCAUGGCCAGUCGCAUCCCCACCACCUUAGACGCGUACGAUAGAGCUCUGCUGCCGACCCCGAGCGCGGCGGCUGCCGUUGCAGCUGCCGCCACCGCCGCGGCGGCGGCCGCCUCCUCCACCUAUUACACCCGGGAUAGAAGCCCCCUGCGCCGCACGGCCGCCGCGGCCACCACCGUCGGAGAGGCCUACACGUACGAGCGUGGGCAGCUGUCGCCGGUCUCCUCGGUGGCCCGGGCCUCCCUCUACGACCUGCAGCGGUUCGGGCGGGACCCGUACGCGGACCGGGCGCGGUACUCUGCCUUUUGAGCCGGAGGUGAGCGCGUUGGCACGGCUGCCGUGCGGCGGGAGGGGGAGCCCCGGCUGCUGCAGAUAAUGGGGGGGGCUGUGGCCCCCCCCAGGCACCGGUUGUGCUGGUCAAGCGUCUGUGCUUCUAUGCGAGCCGGGUGAAUGCCGGCGGUGAAGCAGGGCAUUGCCGGGCGUUAAAGCCCAGGUGCUGGCUCUGGAUGCUCUGCCCGGUGAGGAUGUGCUGUGGCAAUCGGUGCUGCUGGUGGAGCUGGUCAGUCCUGGUGGGUUGCUCUCCCUCGUGGCUCCUGCUGCUUGGAAUCCCUCCGCAGCCAGUGCUGAGCCUGUGUGCCGUGCUGGCACGGCCACGGUGGGGUGGGGGGUUCCCCCAGAGCUGCCAGCCCUGUGUGCUGUGGCUGCCAUCCGUAUUCCCCGGGAAUUGCUCCUGUCCGGGACGGUGCUCCUGGGAUCUCCUGGUAAAAGCCUCCACUGGCCGGGUUAUUGCCCUGGCACGGGUUCUCCCAGGAUGGCCACGAUCCCAGUGCGGCCCCCGGCGCCACACCAGGACUCCGCUGUGUCCCAGGAAGCCGCGCCAGGGCUCGGCCUGGUCCCCGGCCCCAUCCCGGCACCUGCGCCAACUCUGCUUUUCUCUUUUCAGGUAAGAUAUUUGCGGCUGGACGUCGGGGUCCCGUCGCACACCGAAUCGGCACCGCGCGUCUCGGGCUGCGCCGGGCUUCCAGCCAGGCUCGGCCAAUGAGUCGGUUCCUAACGGACGCUCAGCUUCUUCCCAGCUUGGUCAGGAGUAGUUUGAGCCCCUUCCCUGUCGUGUCCCCCCCAGCCCAGCUUUUCCGUUCUUGUGGUCAGGAUUUGCUUUUCAGGUAGUUCGGGGGCCUCUGUCCCCCCCUAGCUGGUCUAGGCUCAGGUGGUUGAGCGAGCGUAGCCGUAGCCGUAGCCGCAGCGCCAGCUUUGCUUUGCUUUGCCGCCCGCGCGGAGCCCUCGCCGGAGCCUCCUUCAUCAUUAUUAUUAUUAUUAUUAUUUCUUUUUUUCCUUUAUUUUUAAGAGGGUGAAUAAUCCACUCGUAGCUUUUCAGUCCCAAAGGCCACAGCUGCCUGAGGCCGCCGCGCCGGCACCGGCACGGGAGCGCCGGCACAACCGGCCUUGUGCGUGGAGCUCGUCCCGCGGCACUUAGCGUCCCCCAGCCCCACUGCCCAGUAAAAUAAACUCCAGUUUUUAACAAAC